CGUGUUCGCUCGCGGUUUGGCGUCGGCCGGCCGACGUCGCCAUGGUCGUACUCUGCCUGGUCUACUCGCGGCCCGUGAGACCGGACAGCAGGCCCAGAAGACUGCGUCACUGCCACUUCGUUGUCUCCGACGAGGAAGACGCCACCGGAAAGGUCGUCGUUCGCACCAGGUUGACCCGCACGCUUUCGACGCCCAAGCGCUGCUCCACAUGCAACAAGAUGGUGUACUUCACGGGCAUCCGCUGCAAGCAGUGCGGGGCGCUGUCGCACGAAUCGUGCGCCAACCACAGCCCCCACUGGUGCUCCCCGGCCACCGUUGUCGACCUGGGACGCCGCAGCGGCGCGGGAAACCACCACACACUGGAUGCAGCCGAAGACCGCUGCGGAGAACAGGAGUGGCGCUUCUCGAGCGUGGGCCACGAGGUGCUCACCGUGAGCCCGCUGAUGGAUCAGCCUUUCCUGUUCAGCAGUGGCGACCACGGCACUUUGGCGUCGGCUAGUCAGCUGCAGCCGGCUCUGCCGUCGGCGGCGCCGCCACCACCCCGCUCUCCGACGCUGGCCGUGACGGGGCUGCUGAAGGUGGUCCACUGGCUCUCCCAGAGGCGCAAAUCUGCGCGCCCUGACGCCGGCAAGCAGCACGGCCGCUCGCGGCUGGCCGACGAGCGGCUGGCGCGCAAGAAGCUCAAGGUGCUGAGCUCACACCAGCCGGCCGCGGCCACGCCGCCUUGCACGUGCCACACGCGCAAGGCAUCGUUCGCUGCCGGCAUCCUGUCGCCCAACGGCAGCCUCUCGUCGAGCGGCUACAUCUCGUCGUCGGCCUCGUCGGCCGUGCAGACGCCGUCAGACACCGAGCUCGACUGCCGCGGCGCCCGGGCGCACGAACCCUGCCGGCUGCAUCCGACGCGCGGUGCCGGCCUGGUGCGCCAGAACGCGGUGAUCAGCGAGCACGGCCGCUCGGGUCGCCAGUGGCUGGCCAACAAGGCGCGUACGCUCAGCCUCGAGACCAAGGCCAACGACGUGGAAAAGCUGUGCGCUACGUGGCCUCCUCUGGGAAGGUCAGCUGGAAAUCCAGCAGAGAACUUUCUUGAAGAACCCGAGUCUGGCAUUGAAGAGAGUGAGCAGGAAGACAAAUCAAAAAACCAAAGCACCAACAUCAAGGACACGUUAGGUGAAUGGUGUGUGCCGUACAAGGAUGUGGAGUUCAAGGAAAGACUACGACAAGGCAGGGAUACGGAUGUCUACAGGGGACGAUGGCAUGGUGAAGUCCUCAUCUAUACCUUUCGACACACCAAAGAGCAAGAUGUGACGAGAUUUUGGGAUGAAGUUGGCAAACUCAGCAUGAUCCGUCACGAAAACAUUGCCCUUUUCAUGGGUGCAUGUGCAGAACCUCCACAGUAUGCCAUCAUCACCAGCAUGAAGAAAGGCCCAUCAUUGUUUGAACACAUCCACAUCAAGAAGCACCACCUCUCAUUCCACACCAAGGUCAAUAUUGCAAGACAGAUUGUGCAGGGCAUGGGCUAUUUGCACGCCAAAGGCAUUGUGCACAAGAGCCUCACCUCCAAGAAUGUUGUACUGGAGAGUAGAGUCAAGCUGUGCCUCAUGGAUCAAGGUCUUGCGGAGAGGGUACAUGACCCGUCUGAUCGUGGCUGCCUUGCACGGGGUCAUCUCACCUACCUGGCUCCCGAAUUGAUGCGCCAACUGAAAGUGGAGCCACCAAAUGUCUUCUCAGACUGUGAACCAUCGCAAGAGUCGGACCUUUAUGCCUUUGGGACGAUCUUGUAUGAACUGAUUGCUGAAGCCUUCCCAUUUAACUUUCAACACCCACACUCAGUCAUUUGGCAGAUUGCAUCUGGGCAGCAGCAGCCACUCAACCAUCUUCAGUGCACUGGGAGCUUCAAGACACUGAUCCAUGAAUGCUGGUUCAAGGCACCUGAAGCUCGUCCCUCUUUUGUCAUGAUUGGGCGGCAGCUCCAGGAAAAUGUGACUCUCCACCGAAAGCACAGUUCCUCUGAGCCGGACCGCUUGCACCAUUCUGGUCUUGGCAUUGGCCGACAGCCACUGUGUUCCUAACUGACUCAUGUCUGCACUCGCGUCGCCUGAUUAUUCUCCCACUUCAAGGACAGCAACACAUUAUCCAAUACUCUGUGGCAGUGCUUUACACCAUCCUCGCAAUAAUUGUGUGGACAGGCUGUCUUCUCUGCAAGUGGUGGAGGACUAAGUAAUGGCACACCCAAGUGAUAAAAACAAACUAUUCUGUGCCCAAGCUAUGAACAAACAGGCUUGAGCUGCGACCAGCUACAGUCUGCAUUCUUCUAGGAGAUCUCAACUUUCACAUGGCAGCUGGCUGCAAUCCAGUACAGUAGCGAACAACAUUCCAAUGCACAUGCAUGAAAUUAUUCAUUCUUUUUUCUUUUGUGCUUGUUUUGUUUCUGCAGAUAUCUAGUGUGAAGUACCUGAAAUGAUGCAGCGUGGUCAACUAUGCUUGUUGAGGAAUGUGGGCUCUUCCGGCAACGAACAUUUAUAGUGGACUGCCGACUUCAAUGGGCAGCUAUAUAUCUUUGUGGGAGCCAAAAUGUACCACUGCAACAUAGCAGUUUGCAGGAAAAAAAGGUCGUAUGCUAAUGUGUAGACUCUGUUGUAUACAUUUCAUGUAUUUUGCUAAAUGUUAACUGCUUUGAGCUCUUUGGUAUAAAGUGAAUAGAAUCAUAUUCUGCAAAGCAGUUAGUAGCCCAAGGCUGUACACAUCUGUCGGAAUGCAAAGCUUGCUGGCACGCCACUCCAUAAGGACCUUAAAAUGUCAGACUACAAUGAUUGGGCAUUAAGCCGCUGGUGGUGCAAACACCAUGCCUUUGUAAUUCAUCUAGAACCCAAGCAGGCUUUAAACCUACACUCAUACCUUGAGUUGCAAAGCACUCUUUUGAGACCAGAAGAAUGUCACAUUUAAGAAACCUUUUUUUAUUUUUACAGCUAUGCUUUAAAUUAUAAUACUCAACUGAUCUGUUAUGACAAACCUUUACGGCUUGUUUGGUGUUGCUUUCUAAAAACUUGGCUGUAACGUGCAUUGUUGCAUAGCUGCAAAUAUUGAUUUUGGAAAGUGCUGUUUCGAGACUCGAGCACAGCGACAUUUACCGAGCUCAAUCUUUUCUUUUUUUUUUUUUUUGCAACUAUGUUUAAACUCAACUGUGCUAUUGUGACAAAUUUUAAAGACCCACUUGGCAUUGCUUUUCAAAAACUUUGCUGUGCAAGAUGCAGUCACAUAGGUGUUGACUUCAUAUGGUGGAGUCUAACAAAGAAAACAGGCCUCUUGUUCCCUGCUUUCGUUCAUAGCUGUAACUAUUGAUUAAUCCUGAACUUGCACUGUGUGGGGUUGGUGUAGCCAGCAAGGUUAGUUCAGCAGUGAAUGUUUGAAAACAUUUUUCAGUACUCUCUGUCUAGUCAGUAAGGUGUACGAUGUGACCACUGCAUCUCCAUGCCCUCCCGGACAUGUGUGAGGAGAAAGGAGGUCAUCAGCGUAACGGCUGUUUUAAGCUGUUUUCACUUGCCUUAUAAGCGGAGCAAUCCAAAGAACAGCAUGUACAUAGUGUUCAGUGUUAAUGUGUCUCUAUUGGAGAGCUGAAGUCAUCAAAGCCAAAGAAAAGUCACAGUUUGGUCCACUGCUAUUGAACUCUGUUUGGUGCAUUUGUUGUGAACUGUCACCCAGUAGCAGUGCAGUGCAAGCUACCACUAGAGCUGGUAUUUGAUAAUGGUUCAGCUUUAUUGUUUGCAGACUAUUAUGACCUCCAGUGAUAACAAUAUGACAAAUAUUGAUCUAGUACUGUGUUGUGAUAUCGCAACAGCGCAGAAAAACUACAUAGUUGGAAGUAUAGGAAUUGGCAUGAAGCCUCCAAAUGUGCACUGCAGUGGCCAUGGACCAAACAGUGACGUGUAACUUUAACUUUAAAUAAUGUGUUCCCUGUAUACCAAUGCACCAUUUCGCACUCAGGGUGUUAAAUGUUUUCCAUUUGUCUUGAAAACAACAGCAACUUGCAGACUUCAUCAUCUACGUCAUGAAUGGCUUCUCAUCGUUACUGUUAAAUUACUAUGUGCCAAUGUAAAGUUGUCAGUCAUCAGUCCAAUAUGUUUUUGUUAAGCUGUGCACUUGCCCUGUGCUUUUAUUACUUGUAGUGUUUUCACUUCUUUGUUACAUGUUUUGUGAUGUCUGAGACAAGGAGCAGUUAGUCUUGGGGGUCUCAGAAAAGCUCCUCUUUUGCUUUAAAGUAAUUAGCACAUUGUUCAUGAGCUGGUAGACACCUGUAAUGAUAAUACUACUACUGCUUGUUUCAAACGAUGUCAGGUAUACUACCAUGAAACUUGAAUAUUGUCAAGAACAAGAUUGUUGUGUAUUGUAAACUGGCGAGUGCUCUUUUGUACAGACAUGAACCCUAUGCUGGUUCACAAAAGAAAACAAUCUCUUGGGUAUUUUGUGGCCCACUUAAAGUAUAGUAUUCAGAAUUAAACCAGUGGAUGCGUUGGUUCAACAUCAGGCCCAGUAGUCUAAGCACAGUUCAGAUGUACAGAAAUAUUCCAAAUCGGGCAAAACUCAGCGUAUUACAUGAAGGGGAGAAUGCUGCAAUGACUUUUAUUUCACCUAGGGUAUCUUGUAGUACAAGGAGGCAAUUUCCUGCAGCAUUGCAUUUUCUUUACAAUAUGAAAUGGUCAAAGGACAAGCCCUUUAAAUGCAGCCUGAGAUGCACUUAAGAGAAUAUUAGUCGCUACCUUUAAUGCAUAACAAAGGAAGCUUCAUGUUUAGGCUGACUGCAGGACCAAUCUAUGUCGUGAGCAUAAAUCUGACAGCAAAUAUGACAAUAUUCUUGCUGGCUGUACAUGGUGAGAAAAACGCUAGUCAAAAAAUUGCUUCUGCUUCAGACAGCAAUACAUUUGAUUCACCAGACAUGUGCACUGCAAAGUACAGCUGCAUUGAAAUAACAGUUGAACUUAAGGGUGGAGAGGAAGCUGGCAUCCCCAAAGUUCUGGUGAAGCAUCUAAAGAGCAUUUGCAUGCCCACUGUUAUCCUGAUGAAUGCAAGAUGUGCAUUGUCAAUCUUCCCUGUGAAUAGAGCUGUGCAUAUUUUACUAUCGAUGCCAUAACAGAUAAGCAAGUCCUAGCUUUUAUAAGUUUGAAUGUUCCCAGUGUUUUACUGUAAAUAAAGUUGUGCUUCACACUGUCA